UUUUCUCUCUUCUUUUUUAGUGACGUGGUAUUUUCGAUUUGUGUUGGGUGCUACAGUAAGUAUCUUCAUAUGUGGUCGUUGCGAUGCGGCUUGCGACAGUCGCUCGGUCGCGUCAUGACACGUGCCAUGUCAGCGUCUGUUCCUCAAAUUGCACCUGCGCCGAUUAUGAGUGCGAAUCACGUGAAGCGACUGAACCGCAAGAAGCUCGCCUCUGCUUUAGACCCUGCCGCUAAGACGUGGUUUGUGGAUGCGUAUUGCACGGCCGAGGCGUAUGAUUUGAAUGGAUUACACCGACUAAUUCGUCGUGAGGGCCUGUACGACAGCUUCGAGAUGUUCGAAGAUGGCUGUGACGCUUUGAGAAUAACGCCGAGGUACUUGGUUGACGACGAACGACGAGAAAUAUUUUUCCUGUGCGGAGGUUCAGUCGUGUUCUGGAAUGUAACUGAGCUCGAACGCUUAACUAUUUUACGGAAACUGCGGGAUUUCGAGAAGGGGAGAUACCCGGAAAAUUUUGUGUUCGACGAAGCCGAGAAGAUGUCGUACUCCCAUUCCGAAGUAGCGAAGGCGUUUUUGCAGAAGAAUCAGAUCAUUCUCGCGAAUGAAUCGAGUCCGAAACAUUUGGACAAGUACACAUUUUCGCACGCUUUGGCGUUGUCUGUGAAGCUCGGCAUUUUGGAGGCCACAUUGGACGAAUUUGUCGAAAAAAUCGAACACGUGCAUGAGGAUUUACGGAAGGAGGGACUCAUCAGAUUGUCUCGAACUGAAGUCCUGAAGAAGCUGGGAGCAUUAUUCGCUUUGCGUCACUCCGUGAACCUCAGUUCGGAAUUCCUCGACGAAACCCCUGAUUUUUACUGGGAUCGAGAAAAUCUGGAACCGCUGUAUCAGCACAUGAAGGAUUAUCUCAAUAUCGGUAAACGGGCCAAGGUGAUGAACGAGAAACUUAGUCUGUGCUGUGAUUUGAUGGACAUCCUCGUGACGCACUUGAACGACACUCAUCACGUUCGACUGGAGUGGAUGAUCAUCAUUUUGAUCGUCAUUGAAGUUGUGUGCGAAUUCAUUCACCUCAUGCCGUGAUUAAUUCAUUCACGCGCCAUUGUUUUGCUAUUCGCCUUUUUGGCCAAGUGUGGCAAGGAAAAAAAAUUGAAAGUUUUUUGUUCGAUUGGAAGAAGGAGGGCUCAAUUUUACGAGUGGACGAUGUGUUGUACGCAGGCUCAACAUGAAUGACGAUUUCGACAGUGAUACCGGUGACGAUGAUCUUUUUAGUGAUGACAUUAAUCACGAUGUGCCGUUUCAUCACGCUGGGACCCUUAUGGAACUCAACGACAAUAAAGCUGGAAUGGCAGACCUGGAUAAGGAGAAGAUUAGCCGGAUAAUAGAAGAAGCGUCAAAGGGCUCCAAGUUCUACGAUCACAAGAAAAAACAACAAGAAAGAAUCGAUGCCAAGAUCGCGGAUCUUCUUCGAAAAAAGAAAGCCAUUACUGAAGAACAAUUGAAGAAUGCGUCAGCCAAAGUUGGUCAAAUUGUUCGAAAUCUGGAGAAAUCCCGGGACUUGUCGAGAACUUUCGUUCACGUCGACAUGGACGCGUUUUACGCGGCUGUUGAAAUGCGUGACGAUCCUUCUUUAAGAGAUAAACCCAUGGCAGUUGGUGGACCCGGAAUGUUGGCGACGUCGAAUUACCUCGCUCGUCGUUUCGGAGUCCGAGCUGCAAUGCCAGGUUUCAUCGGACAGAAGCUCUGUCCGGAUCUCAUCAUCGUGCCGCCCAACUUCGAAAAGUAUCGUGCCGUGAACGCCAUCUUCAGCGAAGUGUUUGCCAAAUACGAUCCCAACUACUCUGCCAUGUCUCUGGAUGAAGCGUAUCUGGACAUCACGGAGUUUCUUCGAUUGGAUCAGAAUGUCCGGAAGCCGUCGGAUUUAUCGCACGCUGAGGAAGUGGUGUCGGACCUGAGAGAAGAGAUUUUUCUCGCCACGCAGCUGACUGCGAGUGCAGGCAUCGCACCGAACACACUGUUGGCGAAAGUGUGUUCUGAUAUCAACAAGCCGAAUGGGCAGUUUUACUUGAGACCCGAGAGGCCAGUGGUGGCGGAGUUUGUCGAGAAGCUUUCUGUGAGGAAGGCUUGUGGGAUUGGCAAGGUGACGGAACAAAUGCUGAACGCGUUGGGCAUUACGACAUGCGCUGAGAUGUUUGAGCAGCGCGCCCUUUUAUCGUUACUCUUUUCUGAAAUCUCGGCUUUGUCAUUUUUGAGAGUAUCCAUGGGUCUGGGUUCCACUUUCAUGGGCGACUCGGACGCCCCGGCCAAGAGUGUCAGCAAUGAAAGGACUUUCAAGGCGACGAGUGAUGCUGACUUUUUGCGGGACCAGUGCCGACGUUUGUGUGAGGAACUCAGUGAGGAUCUGGUGCGGAAGCAGCUGCAGGCGAAAUCCGUAACGAUAAAGCUGAAGACGGAUACGUUUGAUGUGAAAACGCGAGUUCGGAACUUGCCGGAAGCGACUUGGAAUGCGGAUGUUCUGUGUCGACACGUGGUGCCCAUGUUGGAGAGUGAGAUGGCGCCGAAACGCGCUUUCCGGUUAAUGGGAGUGAGAGCUUCGAAUCUGUGCGAGAAGUCCGCGAAUCAACAGUCGACGUUGGAUGCGAUUCUGAAACAGCCGUCGGGGACGGAGAGAUUAUGCCCUGUGUGUUCAACGUCGCUAGCUAAACUCUCCCUGGCACUCGUGAACGCGCAUCUAGACCGGUGUUUGAGUGGAAGUCAACAAGACGACGUGCAGUGCCCGAUAUGUUCCGGUUUUUUCCGGCGUCCCGAGAUCGAGCAUCACGCCGCCACUUGCGAGGGCGCCGCGACGUCCACCACGCCGUCGGUUAAAUCUGCGCCGAUACGAAAGCGAGGCGCCGCGCGGGAAGACGGCUUUGUGCCUAGGGAUGAGUGUCAGAGGAAACCCAAGAAACAAUUGACCCUCAGCGCGUUUUUCGAUCAGCGGAAGUCUGAGUCUUGAAAAAAACAACGUGGAUUCCAAUAUUGUACUGGGUAUGGAAAAAAACAUUCUUGUCUUGGUAUCCGUUACGUGCGAAUGCGAACCGCGAAAAGGUACUGUGCUGAAUGAUGAUGAUUCUUUUUCGCUGUAACGGGAAUGAGAUUCUUUUCGCGAUCAAUAACUUAGCGUGGAAGCCUUUUUUUGUCUGUGAAGCAUGAAAAUGUCCGCUGUAUUCCAAAACCGUGGGAAAGGAGGUGUGAAACAUGUGAUGAAUUUGUGAUCUCAAGUUUCAUUCUUGCGUUUUUUUUCAUGCAUAUUUUCCAGUGCGAUUUAUGAAAAAAUGUUUUGUAGGAGGUUGUAGUAAACUUGUAUUUUAACCGAUA